AUGGCUAAAGCUAGUACACCAAAGAGGGGUGAAUCUAAGAAUUCAAGCAAGAAAUCUACUCCAGUCAAUACUCCAUCCAAACAAAAGAAGAAGAACAGUAAGAAGAGUACACCAGCCAAAGAAGAAUCUAAGGAUAAUGUUCCAACAAAGAGAAUCUCUAAUGCUGUUGAACAACUAAACAAGUACACAACUGAAUCAAAAGAAAAAGAUGACGGUAAAAAAUCUUUACUUGAUGAUGAAGAUGAAUUAAAUAAAUCCUUAAACCUUAUCGUUGUCAACACUACAUCAUUUUCGGGUCCAACUAAGAACUUUAAAUUGAAGAUGCUUGAAGUUGGUCAUUCUUUAUAUGCUCCAUGGAAGGAGGCUAGUACUACUUCUGUCAAAGACUUUAAAACUUUAUUGAUCCUAAAGGAUAACGACCAUGGAAAAGUUUCAGAAGAUGACCUAAAUGAAACUCUGAACGAAUCAAGCAUUGGUAUUGAUGAAAUAAUAACCGGUAAAGAGUUGAAGACCACAUACAAAGCGUUUGAAACAAGAAGAGCCUUCAUUUCUCAAUUCUCUCUGAUUUUAGCUGACGACAGUAUUAUUACCUCAUUGCCAAAGUUAUUAGGUAGUAAAGCUUACUCUAAAUUAGAAACUACACCAAUACCAAUAAGGACACAUUCUAAUAAGGAAUUUUCAAAUGUUACUUUAGUCAAUUCUAUUAAGAAGGUUUAUCUACAUCAAUUGCCUGUUAAAAUUCCUCGAGGUACAACUAUGAACGUUCAUUUAGGUAACUUAGAAUGGUUCAAACCUGAAGAACUUGUCGAAAAUGUCGAUUCUGUUACCAAGAAAUUGAUUGAAUUAUACAAUAUUAGAUCUAUCUUUAUUAAGAGUAACCAAUCCCCAGUUCUGCCAUUGUACUACAACAAUGAUCUUCUUGAAGAAUUGGCUGCCGCAAAGAAAGAUGCUAUUGCUCAUCAAAAUGAUACUAUUAAGAUUGACGGUGUUGAAGUUCAAUUAUCAAACUUUGACAAGGCCUUAAUGGAAAUUGCUAAUCCAAAGGAAUUGACCAAUUUAUUUGCUAAGCAAAUUUCUGAUGCUAAGAGAUCCAUUGAUGAUGAAGAUAAAGUGGAAGAAAAACAAAUUAAGAAAGCCAAGAAAUAA